GAAUCCCAGGGGACUCUCAAAGUUUGUGUCUGGAGCGGUAGUGGAAAGUGGGGCUUACUGCGCAGGGAUUUUCUUGGGAAGCGAGCUGACUUCAUUUUGAAUGCACAUCCCACUUUAACCCCUGCAGCCUCCGGUCCGAGCCGUGGACGGUUUGUGUCCUCUGGGGGUUCUCGGAUCUCCGAGAACACUGGACGAGAGCCCUUGGCGGUUCUCUCGCAGGCAGGGAAGCAGACGUUUUCUUGUCUGAGAACAUAAGCCGCUGGUACACGCACACACGCACGCACACCCGGAGAAAGGAAUCUCUCCGGUUCGAGGCGGCUCCGCCCGGUCCCCUCCUGCCCUCAGCAUCCUCGACCCAGCGCGACUCCCACCGCCAUGGAGGUGCUGGAGAGCGGGGAGCAGAGCGUCCUGCAGUGGGACCGCAAGCUGAGCGAGCUGUCAGAACCCGGGGAGACCGAGGCCCUCAUGUACCACACGCACUUCUCAGAACUUCUGGAUGAGUUUUCCCAGAACGUCUUGGGUCAGCUCCUGAAUGACCCUUUCCUCACAGAGAAGAGCGCAUCGAUGGAGGUGGAGCCGUCCCCCACGUCCCCCGCGCCCCUCAUCCAGGCCGAGCACAGCUACUCCCUGUGUGAGGAGCCCCGGGCCCAGUCACCGUUCACCCACGUGGCCACCAGCGACAGCUUCAACGACGAGGAGGUGGAAAGUGAGAAGUGGUACUUGUCCACAGACUUGCCUUCAACAACCAUCAAGACCGAGCCGAUUACGGAGGAGCCGCCCCCAGGACUUGUUCCCUCUGUCACUCUGACCAUCACAGCCAUUUCCACCCCUUUCAAAAAGGAGGAACCCCCUCUGGAAAUGAAUACUGGGGUUGAUUCCUCGUGCCAGACGGUUAUUCCCAAGAUUAAGCUGGAGCCUCAUGAAGUGGAUCAGUUCCUGAACUUCUCUCCUAAAGAAGCCUCCGUGGACCACCUUCACUUACCGCCGACCCCUCCCAGCAGCCACAGCAGUGACUCAGAGGGCAGCUUGAGCCCCAACCCAUGCCUGCACCCCUUCGGCCUGCCUCAGACCCACAGUCCUGCCAGGGCCAUGCCCCGGGCCCCCUCUGCGCUUUCCAGUUCCCCUCUUCUCACAGCUCCACAUAAGCUGCAGGGAUCAGGUCCCCUGGUCCUGACCGAGGAGGAGAAGAGGACCCUGAUGGCGGAGGGCUACCCCAUCCCCACCAAACUGCCCCUAACCAAAUCAGAGGAGAAGGCCCUGAAGAAGAUCCGGAGGAAGAUCAAGAACAAGAUUUCUGCCCAGGAAAGUAGGAGAAAGAAGAAAGAAUAUAUGGACAGCCUGGAGAAAAAAGUGGAGUCUUGUUCAACUGAGAACCUGGAGCUUCGGAAGAAGGUGGAGGUUCUGGAGAACACCAAUAGAACUCUCCUUCAGCAACUCCAGAAGCUUCAGACCCUGGUGAUGGGCAAGGUUUCUCGGACCUGCAAGUUAGCCGGCACGCAGACUGGCACCUGCCUCAUGGUCGUUGUGUUGUGCUUUGCUGUUGCAUUUGGCAGCCUCUUUCAGGGUUAUGGGCCCUAUCCUUCUGCCACCAAGAUGGCGCUGCCCAGCCAGCAUUCAAUGCCAGAGCCAUACACGGCCUCCAUCGUGAGAUCCAGGAACCUACUGAUCUAUGAGGAACAUUCUCCCCUGGAGGAACCAUCCAGUCCAGCCUCAGCUGGGGAGCUUGGGAACUGGGACAGAGGCUCCUCCCUGCUCAGGGCGUCAGGGCUGGAGUCCCUGCCAGAUGUGGAUCUUCCCCAUUUCAUUAUCUCGAAUGAGACCAGCCUGGAGAAGUCAGUGCUGUUGGAGCUACAACAGCACCUGGUCAGCACCAAACUGGAGGGGAACGAAACACUAAAAGUCGUAGAACUCGACAGAAGAGUGAACACCACCUUCUAAUGAGGCCGUCUCCACCCUCACCCCACCCGCUUCCCCUAACCCUGCUUCUACACCCCAAGUCCACCUUUGCAUAAGGUUCUCCUCUGGGCCGCUGGAUCUUGGUGGAGAUGUGGACAGGCGUUAAUGGCUCGGGACGGGAGACCAGCCUGAGUUUUCGUCUGCAUGCUCUGCUGCUCCCGAGCACCGCGGGGGCUGGCAUCUCUCCCUCCAUUUCUCUUACUGCCAUAGGAAAUUGCUUUAGGGGUGGGGUGGGGGUGGGACAAGCAGGCUUGUUUCCACCUAUAGUGCCAAAAAGAUACUGCCUGACUCUCCCCUGUGAGGCGUGACCCCUCUCUAAAGAAGAGGUGACUCAUUCAGUCGAGACCCCAGACUCUAGCACGAGGCCUGUUGGGAUUUGGAAAGCACUGACUCUUGGGCUCCCUCGCUCACACCCGGGCUUCAGUGUGAAAGCCCCGUCAACCCUGGGAGCACCAGGGCAUCCUGCCAGUACCCCUGUCUCCACUCUGCCCUCUGGGGCCCUGCUGGACUGCCCCCACACUGGUGCAGGCAGACUAGGGCUCCCCGUCAUAUUCUCAGGCCGCAAGUGCAAUGCCUGAGACAUCAGGCUUUUCUCCUCCAGGCAAACCUGCCCACCCUGUUGCUUGUAGGACCCCCCACAGCCUCUCUCCCACCCCCAUAGUUCUGCCUUCCCGGCUUCUCCUCCCCGUUUGUAAAUAGUAUUUAUUAGCUUGCCGAGGCUUCCCAUGGGCGACCAUGCUGAAGAGAUUCAGGGCCUCCCUCUAAGCUAGCAAUGUCUUCUGUUGGCCUUCAGACCUAGGAGGGCUCUGGAGCCACAUUUUCCAUAUGAUGUUUUAUUUCCUCCCUCAUUUUUUUAAAUUGGAGGUCUGUAAAAUAAUUACUAUGGAGAAAUCUCCUUAAAUGUGUGUCCCCCUGUUGGACGAACUCAGAAGGAAUGUGGCCCUGUGGCCAGAUGCUGUCUCCAGUUCCCAUAACUGAGAAGGGAAGCCCUGUCCCCCAGCAGGCGUUUCUGAGGACCCUGCCGCUGUCCUCCACACCUGCUGCCCCCUCUCCUCACUUCCACUGGGCCCUCCCUUAGCCGCCUCAGCUGAGGGUGGGGUGGACGGAGUCUGGUGUGCACAUUCUUACCUUUUACGGUCAGGUUUGGCUACUUGCAGCUCACCCAAAGAGAUACAACCUAACCCCCAACCCACUUUUAUUAUUUUUUUUUAAUGAUUAAAAGUAACUUUUGUAGUUUAAAAAAAAAAUCUUUCCUCUUUCAUACAAAUAAGAAAUGGAAAUUGCCUUUCUAUCAUACAAAGUAGAAGACUCCCUUUAAGUGUUUUGAUGUUCUCCGCACCUCCAGUUUGUGAUUUUGUGCAGAAAAUGUGCUUACAUUUCGUACUUUAUUUUUAGUAGCAGUUGAGGGCCUUUAGCUCUGGCUUUCUUUCUCUCUCUCUCUCUCUCUCUCUCUCUCUCUCUCUCUCAUUAUUGACAUGGUCACUGGAGCCUGUACCUAAGAGGGAUUAUGCCCACUGGGCCUUCCAUUACAUAUCAGAUGCAGGAUUUGGCAUCAUUAGCAUUAGCAUUUGCUGUCCUGGUCCCUAAGCAGCUCCCUGCUUUGUCUGCCUGGGUCCAGUUAGGGUCACCAUGGGGAGUGAACCCUCUCCCUGCUGUGAGGGGAGGUUUCUGAUGGGAGGUGGCCAGGCUUACUUCACAGUGUGUCAGAGCUGCAUGGUGGCCCUGCUGUCUGUAGGGUGCUUGCUGUCCCUUACAUGGCCAUUGGUUCACGCAUCUGGACUGUGAGGAGGAGGGGAGCUGGUGACUUCUGCUUCUGCUUUCUCAGGCUAUUUUUGAUCGUUCUGGGCUUGGCUAGGUAACCAUGAGCCACAACAUAUACGAUCCCUUUCUUUAAAAUGCCAGGUACUUAUCACACAUGGGGCCACUUAUGGGGCCCUAACAGCAAAAUCACAGAAUUAACUCUAAUAGGUGCUAAGAAAGGAAGGUACUCAAACGUACAGGCAGAAGUAGGAUCAUGGACCAGCCCAUCUAUGUGCUGAGGCUGAACCAGAUGGGGUUUUAAGGUGCCUGGGUGUAGCCAGGGUGGAAAACCCCACUCUUCCCAACAGAAGCUAGAAAAGGAAGGAAACUUGUAGCCCAUGUCUUUAGUGCUUUGAGAAUUUUAUUUUCUCCCUACCUAUCUUUGCUGGACAUUGCUGUCUUCAAACAGCAGGACUUUUUCUGUGGAAAACUAUCCUUCCAGAACAGGGAACAUCAACCAGAGAGCUCAAAUGGCCUCUUUUUUUUUUGGUGCUGGGGAUCGAACCCAGGGCCUUCUGCUCCCCAGCCCCUCCAAAUAGCCUCUUAAUGAGGCUUCAAAGAACCAGCUUUGCUGCUCAUUUGAGAAAACCUGUCCUCCACGGUUGGCUUGAGUGAAUAAAGGGAACUAAACUAGGUGGGCCCUUCGGGAGGAUGAAAUGGUGGUUCCAAAUACUUAACGUGUCCUAUUCAAGGAUUGAGCCCAGAAUAUCAGUGGAUUUGUUUUCCACAGCAAGCAAGCAGGCCCGUAAAUCAGUGGGUGAUUCCUGGUUAGCUCCGAAGAUUGCACACAGUGGCAGACAUUGGCACGUGAACUUAAGUUUUGACAAAUCUGCGACCAUAGAGCAACCAGAAACCAUAACAAUAAAUCUUAUUGGAUUUUCCAUCAUGUAAAUAGGUUUUCCCUCGUCCUUUGAUGACACUAGUGAAGGUGAUAUCCUGCAAAGACUCAGAGAGCAGGUGAUUUCUCACUGGAUGAGACGCGAGUGAUCCAGGGCUCCUGCCACUCCAUAUGCUUCUUUCCACAGCUCUCAACUUUACACUUAGAAAUGGACGCUGCAAAUGAGGAGCUCAGCGCCAGCUUCGAGAAGAAUUUCUGGGAAGUGUUAGGACUCUGGAGUCUCACUCUCAGAAAGAGCCUUCUGUAAAGUCUGACAGCUCAACCGAGUUGCUCCAUGUCAGCAGGAGGUGGGGGUGGGAUAUGACAUCAGUGCAGGCAAAAUUAGAUAACCUUUUGGUUAAUAUAGUUCUGAUUUGGAGACCUAAUUGGUAGACUGGGAGAGCAACUUCCAGUUCAACUUAUUUAGAAAUCCAGAUUUUUUUUUUUUUAUUCCUCUUAAUCUCUAGGUUCAGGUUGGAUGUCAGAAGAUGGUCUGAGCCUUAUGUACCUGUAGAGUAGGAGUGUUGAAUUGACUCUUCUCUGUUCUGGCACUGAGUGUCCAGUAUUUUUGUCACAUGUACUUUAUUAAAAUACUUUUUCAGCAUGUCAUGUUCCCUCCCUCUCCUGUUCAGAGAGCUAGCAAAAGCAGAAGAUCAGAAUAGAGGCCUCUGCGGGCCAACUCCUCUGAACACACGUCAUCUGAGGUGUACGUGUGAGCGCGGCCCAGAAAUGGAGACCUCCCAUCCCCAAAUGAGGAAUGUUCAUCCCUGACAAAAUGGGGACAUGGAAGUGGGAGAGAAGGCUUUUGGCUACCUGCUGUGUCGACCACAGAUUACUAGUUUGCUUCCGUUGAACCUAAUCUUUGAGAAACCUGGAUUAGAGACCUUGGUAUCCCUGUCUGCAGGACUGGCAGGAUCUGGGAAGCCAUUCACCAUAGGAGAGUCCCAGAGUGAGGGUCCUCCCAUUUGAAGGUUUUCAGCGGAGACAAUUAGCACAUGUCAUAGGCUGAGCCUGCCUGGGAGGACAGGGGAGAGGCCGGGCUGUGAAGGAGCCAGAGACGGAUUUCAGAUCAUUCAUCCAUUCAGUUACCCCUGAGACUUCUGUUUUACUAAGGGAGAGUGCUGCCUGAGGCCCCAGGGAAUGUUGAAGUAUAAGAGAGACUGAGAAAACUUCAUUUAAUUUGUAGCUAUUCAAAAGACGCAAGUGUGAGGUGUCUCUCUUUCUCCCCCAACCCCACCCGCCGAGACACACAAACGUGUGCGUGCACACACAUUCCACCCUUAUAUUUGAUACUUACUUGUGCCUUAAAUGUGCCUUAUGUAUGAAUCCAGGAUGACUGAGGAAUCCCUUGUCCCUGGGAGAUGUUAUAUACAGACUUUUAAGAUUGAAUGUGGGAAAAAGAACUUAUUCCAAAAGCUCAAAAAUGGUUUCCUAAAAGAAAGCCACUAUUUUUAGGUUUGCACAUCAGGAAAAAGAAAGAGGGUUAUAUCCAUUAGGAAAAUCCAUUUUGUAGAGGUGCAAUCACAUCAAAAUAAAUGGACAGCCAAGAUGAAAGGUAUUAUAAAUCCUCACAGCAGAGCAUUUUCUGAGUGCAUUUUCUGAGAGGAACCUGGUCCACCUGAGGAUUAAGGUUCCAUGCUUCUGUGGCCAGAGGGUCCGAACUUAGAGGGGAAAAAAACAAAAAAACCUAUGUGUUUUGUUAUUUUGGGCAACAUAGAAUUCACGAAUGUUUUGUUUUUGUGUGGUUUCCAUAAGAAAGGGAAAUAAUAUUUCUUGGGUAUUUGCUGAGGUGUUGGAUGCUGUGCUAAAUAAAGUUUAAGUCUUAUAGAUACAGAAAACAAGGGCGACUAGUUACCAUGUGGUGGGGAGAGAACUGAGUGAGAUAGAACAGGUUGAGCAGAUUCCUUUCUGAGGAUGGUGUCAACGUUUGAAGCUCCCUGGCAGGGAAGAGUUUCUGCCAGUGUGGUGGCCCUGUGGUGCCUGCUCAGCUCUUCCUCUCCUGCAGAGUGUGCUGCAGAUGUCUGUCUGCUGUCUUUUCAUCCCAUCUUCUGUGAGUUCCAGCUAGCAGCCUUUGCAUCUGGGAAAAGGGAACCCAGGGGCUCAGCUCUCUUUCUCUGCUCUCAUCCCUCGCUCACCAGCUGAGUGGAAACGUGAACUUUUUGCACCGUGGUCUACGCUGCUUAGAAAACCUCUUUUAGAUAAAGUGCUUUAUGAGUCUAUGGAAAACACCAGCACUCUCUGGCAAACUGUGAGUGACCCUUUUAAACAAUGGUGAGCAGACCCUGGGCUGUAAUCACCAGUAAGCUUUAAUGUCUUCUGACAGCGGGCUUGCCUCUCUUUUGUAACAGGUUAUAUAGAUCAGCAGUGUUUAAGUCUGAGCACAUUGUGAGUCUAUUAUCUGUCCUAUUGCCUUGUUUUUAUGGUCUUUUAUUCUCUAUCAUAGCUAAGUAAAUACCAAAAAAAAAAAAAAAAAAAAAAAAAA